AUGGAGGACAGUGGAGAUUUGACAGAACCUUCUCCAUGCAACUUACUCACCGUAAAAAUCAUACGGAUGAAAAAUGCCAGGAAAGCAGACUUGUUAACCCAGUCAGAUUGCUAUGUGAGCCUGAGACUGCCAACAGCUUCAGUGCAGAAUUUCCGAACGAAAACAAUUCCUAACACCAAGAACCCAACAUGGAAUGAGACCUUCCACUUUAUGAUUCAGAGCCAGGUUAAGAACAUUCUGGAGCUGAAAGUUUGUGAUGAGGACAAGGUAACUCAAGAUGACCAUCUCCUCACUGUUUUCUUCGAUGUCUCCAAAAUCCAGCUUGGAGAAAACAUUCAGCUGAGUUUCCAGCUGAAUCCACAGGGAAAAGAGGAGCUGGAGGUUGAAUUCACAAUGGAGAGUAGUCCGGAUCCUCCUGAAAACAUUGUUACUAAUGGCGUUUUAGUGUCCCGUGAAGUUGCUUGUCUGGAGGUGCAGGUGAAUGAUGGCAGGCUGAGAAAGGAUAGCACAGAGAGGAAAUUUGCACUGACAGUGGAUGGCUCAUAUGAGGGGAUGCAGACCCACACGCUGAACUCAUGCCUGUGUGCGGCCGCACCAGCGAGGUUCCACUACAUCAAACACCAUCAAUCGGCGCUGACUGUGUCACUGCCACGGCGCAGACGGCUCAGUAGGUCUGUAUCAAGUCAAAAUGAAAGGGAUAUGAAUGAGUCUGUGACUCUAGCUCUGAACUUGCUUCCUAUACAAGAGAAAAUAACUAUAGCAGAGGACAGGACAAUUGACUUGUAUGCAAAAGCAAAUGAAUGGACCCAGGGUUUGUGCUUCAGGCCAAGAAACCUAGAUGCUCGUCUGGGUUUUGACCUGUGCAUGGAUGAAAAGAAUUUCCUGCAAAAUCGGAGAAAGGUGGUUGCUGCUGCACUGAAAGAUGUUCUUCAUCUGGAAGAGGACUUACAAGACCAUGAGGUACCUAUAGUGGCUGUGACAACAGCAGGGUGUGGGAUAAGAGCACUGACAGGAAUGUAUGGCAGCAUGUUGGGUCUUCAAAAGUUGCGCGUUCUGGAUUGUGUUUCAUACAUCAGUGGCUCAUCUGGCACAACAUGGACCAUGUCAAAACUGUAUGAAGAUGCUGAGUGGUCACAUAAGGAUCUUGGAGAAAUAAUUAUUGAAGCUCGAAAGCAAGCAGCCAAGUGCAAGAUGAGUGCUUUUUGCUUGAGAAGUCUGAGGAAUUAUUACAAAGAGCUGAGUCAAAGGACCCAAGCAGGACAUAAAACAUCUUUUAUUGAUCUGUGGGGACUUAUGAUUGAAUCGAUGUUAAAUGAUGGGAAAUGCUACCACAGGCUUUCUGAUCAACGUCGAGCAGUGAACCAGGGCCAGAAUCCAUUGCCCAUCUACCUUGCCCUGAAUGUCAAGGAUAAAGUUACUACCAAAGAUUUUAGAGAGUGGGUAGAGUUCACGCCCUACGAGGUGGGCUUCCUGAAGUAUGGCGCCUUCAUUCGUGCAGAGGAUUUUGGCAGUGAGUUCUUCAUGGGUCGCUUGAUGAAGAAGCUCCCUGAGUCCCGAAUCUGCUUCAUGCAAGGAAUGUGGAGUAGCAUCUUCUCCAAAAACCUCCUGGAUGCCUGGCAUGCAGCAGACAAUUCAGAGGACUUCUGGCACAGAUGGACCCAAGACAAAGUGACUGAAAUAGAGGAACAACCAGACUUGCCUGAGAAGCCCUAUGAGAUGGCUACGUGCAUGUUCACUCCUACAAGCGGCCUCUCCACGACUCUGCGGGAUAUUCUGACGGACCGCCCUGCUGUCUCCAAGUACCACAACUUCCUGAGGGGCUUCCAGAUGCAUAAUGAGUACAUCCAGCACGAACAGUUUGCAAGAUGGAAAGACACUUUGCUGGACACUUCUCCUAAUGAUCUGAGAGGCCACUCAGAGCACUUGGAGUUGGUGGAUGCAGCUUUCUUUUUUGAAACUAGCUGUCCACCCCUUAUGAGACCAGAGAGGAAAGUGGAUGUCAUCAUACACUUAAAUUACACUGGUGGAUCGCAGACCUUGCCUCUAAAGCAAGCUUGCAGUUACUUCUCAGAGCAGGGAAUUCCAUUUCCCAGCUUUGGGCUGAAGGAUGAUGAGAAGAACCUGAAAGAGUGCUAUGUGUUCGAUGGUGCAGACUCCCCCGGAGCUCCUCUGCUGCUUUACUUUCCACUAGUGAAUGACACUUUCCAAAGAUAUGUAGCACCUGGCAUGUCUCGCAGUGCUGCAGAAAUGGAACAGGGCAAGGUUGAUCUCUCCAGUUUCUGCUCUCCAUACUCAACAAGGGAAGUGUCACUGAAAGCAGAAGAUUUCAACAAACUCCAGAAGCUGACUACUUACAACAUCAUGAACAAUGAGAAUAUGAUUAUUCAGGCCUUGCGCAUGGCUGUGGCUCGGAAGAAGCAGGCUCCAAGCCAGCCUGUAUCACAGACACAGGCCACUGGUUGA